UGUCGCGACAGCGCGGAUCAAACGUCGCGGCGAGCGCCCGAAGGGCUCGCGGCGCUCGCUCGCGUCGUCGACAGGGAACGGGAUUCGCAAGCAAGCGCGUCGGAGGAGCGCGCCGUUUGAUUUGUCGCGCGAGGGGCGGGGGCGUCGCGGAAAGCGCCUCCUCCUCCUCCUCCAGCGCCAGCGCCGCCGAUCCGGUCGCGCGUCCCACACACCCGCCGCCUCCAUGUUGGACUGGUCGCGGACGGACGGUUCCUGCUUCGGCGAGCGCUCUGCACGAGGACCAGGGCGACACGGUCGCGCGCCGCAGCGGCGGCGAUAAUAAAUACGGCGAAAAGGACGCAGAGGGGCGCGGGGCUGCUUGCCUUUUUUAUUUUAAAUUUUAUUUAAUUCUAUUUAUUCUUUCUUCCAGCGCGAAGCUUUUGAACCGAGGCGCCGGCGUCGUCGAGCCCGGGGGUGCAAAUACUAGCGUGCAGCUUCUUCUCUUUUCUUUUCUUUUUAAUGUUUACGCUGGUAAUGACUGAAUUAGUAGUUUUAUUUGCGGCUCGUGCGCGCGCGGAGGAGGCUGAUGUUGCUCGGUGAGGGAGGAGGAGAGAGAGGAGCAGGGCAGGGGGCCGAGGCUCGCGCGCUGUUAGCUCUUAGCCGCUAGCCAGCAAACCCUUGUAAAUCAGCAGUACAUCAAAGUGAGUCGAACAACAACAACAACAACAAAAAAAAAAUUGAGAAGGGAAAAGGAGUUAAAAUCCAGUUUCCAUGGACAACACGUCCAUAAUCACCCAGGUUUCGAACCCCAAGGAGGAGGAGAUCAUCUCGUCGAGCCAAGAAAAAGUUUCCCAGUCCAACAGCAGCUUGAAGAAACAAAGGAGCAGGAGCAUCUUCAGUACUUUCUUUUGCUGCUUCCGGAGCUACAAUGUGGAGCCUCCUUCCUCCAACAAUAACACCAGCUCCCUGCCACCCCCUGUGGAGGAGAAUGGGACUCUGCCCAAGUGUGACCCGGUCCAGGUCAUUCCCAUCCCCAGUCCACCAACCAAAUACCUCCUGCCCGAGAUGAACAUAUCGGACUACGGCAAGAAAUGCGUGGUGAUCGACUUAGACGAAACCCUGGUGCACAGCUCGUUCAAGCCCAUUAGCAAUGCAGACUUCAUCGUGCCUGUGGAGAUCGAUGGUACAGUUCAUCAGGUCUACGUGCUGAAAAGGCCACACGUGGACGAGUUUCUACAGAAGAUGGGCGAGCUGUUCGAGUGCGUUCUCUUCACGGCAAGUUUGGCCAAGUACGCUGACCCCGUGGCAGACCUCCUGGACCAGUGGGGGGUGUUCCGAGCACGGCUCUUCAGGGAGUCCUGCGUGUUUCACCGUGGGAACUACGUCAAAGACCUCAGCCGGCUUGGGAGGGAGCUCAGUAGCGUGAUCAUAGUGGACAACUCGCCGGCGUCGUACAUCUUCCAUCCUGAGAAUGCCGUCCCGGUGCAGUCGUGGUUUGACGACAUGACGGAUACGGAGCUCCUGGACCUCCUCCCCUUCUUCGAAGGACUGAGCAGAGAACAGGAUGUCUACAGCGUCCUGCAGAACUUGAGGAGCAGGUAGCGCGGUCUCUGCGAGCCUUUCCCCGUCCAAAACGCGCCCCGGCUGGUACGCGGCCUGUCCUCCGGCUCCUCUUUGCCCCCUGCUUCUCCAGCGUGGCUCAGGUACUGUCCUGCCAGUUGCGAGAACAUCCCACGGAGAGCUACCGGCAGCGUGCUCGGUGUCCACGGUGGCACGGCAGCAGGUUGCGGACAGAGCGCCGGCAAGAUCUCCCGGCAGCGGCGGAAGAGCGGAGCGCGAUCUCGGCCAGAACGCCGCGUGUGCUUUCAUUCAUUCAUUCAUUCAUUCAUACACACACAUAUAUAUUUCUAAUUUGGAGGGAAAGACAAGAAAAACGGAAAGAACUUAAUUUUUUAAACCAAGAGACAGUUUUGCUAUCCUGUUAAGUUCUUUAUAUUUACCAAAAACGUGCUUUUUACGGAAUGGAGUGAAAAGGAGUGAAUCAUUUUUGGUCCUAUUGUUGCUAUGCAGGCAGUUUCUCUCAAUCUCCAGUAGUUUAAACGACUGUGAUUCUUUCUUUUCUUACUGAUUGAAGUGCCUUUUUCGAAUGUUGUUUUUACGGGGAAAACAAAGAUACAUUUUGUACGCAGCAUAUUUCCAGAGAACUUACGUCUUUUAACGAAUAUAUGCUUUAAAACGGAAGCGGAUAUGAAUCUUUAUAUGAAGCACUGUUAUUUAUCCUAAAAGAUUUUUUUUUAUAUCAUUGGACGCUGGGUACAUACAUGUCUCCAUAAUAUUCUAAAUGGUGUUUCUUUCAGUUGGUUGUAACUCUUGCCAUUAAUAUAGAAGUGGUUUUUCUUUAUUAAACAUUAUAGAUAU